AUGGAUCCACUGUUGCACCCAGGCUCUAGCGCUCAGUACUGCCCCCUUUUGGUGCUUGUUGCUGCGUCUUGCACUCUGUUUUUCCCAUUAGCAUCUCCACAGCGGGUUCCCAUUGACCCACAGGCUGCUCCCGAAUACGCCCACUCUAUCCGGCUGGACGGGGACAUCAUACUGGGAGGCUUGUUCCCAGUUCACUCCCGGGGCGAUCGUGGUACCCCCUGUGGAGAACUUAAAAAGGAAAAAGGAAUCCACCGUUUGGAAGCGAUGAUGUUCGCCAUAGACCUGAUCAACAAGGACCCUGAGCUACUUCCGAAUAUCACUUUGGGGGCUAGGAUUCUGGAUACGUGCUCACGAGACACGUACGCUCUGGAGCAGUCUCUCACCUUUGUGCAGGCCCUGAUUGAGCGGGAUGGGUCUGAUGUGCGCUGUGCUAACGGAGAUCCGCCCAUUUUCACCAAACCGGAUAAAAUAGUGGGAGUGAUUGGAGCGGCAGCGAGCUCUGUGUCCAUCAUGGUGGCCAACAUCCUGCGCCUGUUUAAGGUAAGACACAUCUUGUUCACAGUAUUGUUUAGUUGUGAUUACGAGUGCUAA